GGGCUCUGGGUUCUCAUAGGCUUCAAUGGCUUCCACCUGCAACUUCUCUCUCAUCAACCCUAGAACCCUAGUUAUCUCGUCUUCGUCUCGCCGAUUCCCCAACCCUAGGCCGUGUUUUCAACUCGUUUCGCCAUUCCGGUUCAACUCACUGACCCACCAGCCAACUCGUCCUCGCUCGGCGCCCCAUGCCGCCUCCACGUCCCCAGUUCGAGCGGCUCUCGACGGCAAUAAGAGGAGGGGCGACGGCGAGCCGAGGGAGACGAUAAUGUUACCGGGCUGUGACUUCAAUCACUGGCUCAUCGUCAUGGAGUUCCCCAAGGACCCUGCGCCUACCAGAGAGCAAAUGAUCGACACCUACCUCAAUACUCUCGCUACCGUCUUGGGCAGCAUGGAAGAAGCAAAGAAGAAUAUGUAUGCUUUCAGCACGACUACUUACACCGGAUUCCAGUGCACGGUGUCGGAGGAAACAUCUGAGAAAUUCAAAGGAUUGCCCGGAGUUCUCUGGGUAUUGCCUGAUUCCUACAUAGAUGUGAAAAACAAAGAUUACGGAGGCGAUAAAUAUGUAAACGGGGAGAUAAUUCCCUGCACAUACCCUACCUACCAACCAAAACCUCGCGGAAAAUCCAAGUAUGAGAGUAGAAGAUACGAGAGACGAAAAAGAGACGCCCCAAGACGAGAAACGACGACUCAAUCAGAGCCAACCUCCUGAUAAGUUGUGAAAGCAACCCUUUAUCUCUCAAUCAACUGUGGAAGCAAGCAGCUCUUUGUUCUAUGAGAGAGGGAGAGAGAGGCUCAUCUUGUGGUUCUGAAAACAUUUUUGUUGUCGAUUUAUGAUGAUGAGGGUUUGCAGUGUAGUUUUAGAUUAUAGCCUCGGAUGGUGGGGUCUGGGUAAUCUAAGUGACAACUCAAUAUUCUGUUGCAAAUUGGAAGGCGAGUCUUGGGAAAGAAUUGUAUGUAUUUGUAUGUAGCUUAGCUAGCUAGCUAGCUUAACCCUCUCUUUGCCAACCUCCACCUUGCCAAUUAUAGUAUUGUCUGUUUUACA